CAAAUAAUCAUAUCCAAAAAAAUUCCUUAAUUAAUUACUACUAAACUUGCUUUCAAGAUAGAUUAAAAAAACAAUGGAAAUACAUAUGAUAAAGAUUGAGAUGUGUAACAAAAUUUUGAGGCAGAAAAAAAGAGAGGGAAAAGUUAGUGUUUGACUUUUUUUUUAAGAUGAAUAACUUUGUUAGAAGUUCAGUAUGUGGGGAAAAAUUGAACGAUAAUGUAGACAUAGCAACUUCUGUUGAUGGUACAACCACACAAUAUAGUUUCAGCAAUGGUGUCUUGCCGUCUUUGGGUGCUCGGAGCAACCGUCGUAACGCCCUCCGUAAAUUCAUUAUCUCCCCAUUUGAUCCUCGUUACAGAAUAUGGGAGAUGUUUCUGGUAUUACUAGUUUUCUACACAGCAUGGGCAUCUCCAUUCGAAUUUGGUUUCCUAAAAAAACCAUCCAUUAAAGGCCUUGCUAUUGCAGAUAAUAUUGUCAAUGGAUUUUUCGCCAUUGAUAUUAUUCUGACCUUCUUCGUUGCGUAUCUUGAUCCAAAAACUUACCUUCCUGUGGAUAAUCGAAAGGACAUCUCUUGGAGGUACAUAAGAACCUGGUUUGUUUUUGAUACUGUAUCAACAAUUCCUUCAGAACUUGUGCUGAAAAUUCUCCCUGACAAUGUCCAAGCUUAUGGACUGUUCAAUAUGCUACGUCUUUGGCGUCUUCGUAGAGCCAGUAAAAUGUUUUCCAGAUUGGAGAAAGAUCGAAAUGUGAAUUAUUUUUUCAUGCGAAGCUGCAAGCUAGUUUGUGUGACUCUUUUUGCGGUGCACAGUUCUGCGUGCUUUUACUAUCUCCUUGCAGACAAUUACCCUGAUCCGAAAAAGACUUGGAUUGCUCUGUCAAUGGAAAACUUCGAGAGUGAAGAUCUGUGGCUCCGGUAUGUGGUGUCAAUGUACUGGUCUAUUACCACCCUCACAACAGUUGGCUAUGGAGACUUACACCCUGUGAAUAUAAGGGAGAUGAUCUAUGACAUAUUCUACAUGCUCUUUAAUCUUGGAUUGACAGCAUAUUUGAUAGGAAAUAUGACAAACUUAGUGGUUCAUCGGACUAGUCGAACCAGAGACUUUAGGGACAAACUUCAAGCUGCUUCGAGUUUUGCACAAAGAAAUAAGCUUCCUCUUAGGCUCCAAGAUCAAAUGAUUGGUCACUUGUGUUUGAAGUACAGAGCUGAUUCAGAAGGUUUACAGCAACAAGAAGUUCUUGAAUCCCUUCCUAAGGCAAUCAAAUCAAGUAUUUCACAUUAUCUCUUCUACUCACUGCUUGACAAGGUAUAUCUAUUUCGAGAAGUGUCAAACGACUUGCUUUUCCAGCUGGUUUCAGAGAUGAAAGCUGAGUACUACCCUCCCAAGGAAGAUGUGAUUUUGCAGAAUGAAGCACCCACAGAUCUAUAUGUGUUAGUCCAUGGUGCAAUGGAGUUGAUCGUCACCAAAAAUGGAGUUCCAGAGGUCAUUAAAGAGGUCAAAGUUGGAGAUAUCUGUGGUGAGAUAGGUGUUCUUUGCUACAGACCUCAGCUUUUUACAGUCCGCACCAAGAAACUGUGUCAACUGCUGCGUCUGAAUCGUACUGCCCUUUUGAGUCUUGUCCAAGCAAAUGUUGGAGAUGGAGCAAUUAUCAUGAGUAAUCUCCUAGAGCAUUUGAAACCGCAGGAUGAUCCACUGAUGCAAUCUGUUGUUGCUGACAUCGAGAAAAUGAUAGCUCAAGGUCAAACCGAUUUGCCUCUAGGUUUAUGUUUUGCAGCUGCAAGAGGAGAUGAAUCGUUAUUGAAACUCUGGCUGAGUCGAGGCUCUAAACCAAAUGAGAGAGGCAUCAAAGACCGCACUGCUCUGCAUAUUGCAGUUGCCAAUGGAAAUGAAAGUUGUGUUGCCAUCCUGCUUGCAAAUGGAGCAGAUCCAAACAUCAUAGAUUCAGAAGGGCAUGUUCCAUUAUGGGAUUUAAUAAUGGGGAAGCACUCUGAGUCCUUGAUCAAGUUACUGGUAGACCAUGGUGCUACUCUAGCUUCUGGUGAUGUGCCUCAAUAUGCUUGUUAUGCUGUGGAACAAGAUGACCUAAAGCUGCUACAAGAUAUUGUGCGGUAUGGAGGAGAUGUAACGCUGCCCAACAGCAACGGAACUACACCACUUCAUGCUGCGGUUACUAGAGAAAACACAAGUAUUGUUAAGUUUCUCUUAGAGCAAGGGGCAGAGGUUGACAAGUUUGAUGCAAAUGGACUGUCACCAAGGAAUUUGGCGGAUUUUCGUGGAAAUGAAGAGGUCAAAGUAUUAUUUGACUCUACAAACCCGGCUAGCCUCCAAUCUAAUGAAAUGCUCCCUGAUAAGAAAGAUGGUUCUAGUUUUCUGAAGAAGUACUCAAGUACUGGUACUAUUGAUGUUACUCUGGUUCCAAGUCCACAUGAUAUCUCUCACGAUCAUAAACCCCCUAGAGGCAGGGCUAAUGUAUUUGAAAACUCGCUAUUUGGAGUUAUGUCAGCUGCUACUAGAGGUGAAACAUCUGCUGGUGUAAAUAGUUAUACAACCUCUAAGAUGAUGGUAAACCAGCCAACCAGAGUCAUACUCAGAUGUCAAGGAACGAGUCUGGAUCCGAAACUUGUCAGAUUACCCAAAACUAUACAAGAAUUGCUUGACAUGGGUAGCAUGAAAUUCGGAUGCUAUUGCACGAAAGUAGUAUCUGCACAAGGAGCUGAAAUUGAUGAGAUAGAGCCAAUAAGAGAUGGUGAUCAACUUUCUCUUGUAUGCGAAGGCAAGAACGUCUCCCAAAGCUAGAAGUUAAGUUUGUUUCUCAUCUUUGAGUGAUCCAAACAUGUACACCAUUUGCUGAAUGAGUUUUGUGAGCAAGAAACUGUCCAUAUGAUGUACAAUAUAUACUUUUUUUAGCGGAGAAAGUACUUGUGUACAAACCCAGAAUUUCUCCUAGCUGCAGCCUUGUAUUUGUCAGAAUGAUGAACACUUUUUUUGUGCGGCCGGUGUGAUGACUGAUGAACCUCCAGAAAUUUGGAGUUGUAUCACUGUAUGCUUGUAUAAAAAUUAUGCAAAGAUGGCAUAUAUUUCUGUGCUCAGUC